AUGGGGACGGUGCCCUUUCGGGCGUCGUAUGGAAAGCAGUCGUACUCUCAACUUGCAGAUAAUCGAUAUAUAGUGAUGACGUUUGCCAAGUGGAUACCAGCCACCACCCCAGAGAGUUCGUCGUCCCCACUUGCUACUGCGCUCAACUGCCCUGACAUGCCUCCACCGAGUUUGGUUCCAGCGGUUGGAAGUUCGCCCGUAGAUGUUCGUGAUAAGGAAUCCAAAUAUAAAUUUGGAGACCAAAGCUACUUGCCAUUGUACAUCUACGCUCAACCAUUCCAAGCAGAGUAUCAAUUGCAAGCAACCUCCCAUUCAGGCCCAAAUGCUUCUAGCCUUGUCUACCUACAAACACCUUCUGGUUAUCUUGCGGUUAAAGCCCCCUCUCGAGCUAUCACUUCUCCCAGUGUACUUUAA